AUGACAGGCUUUACUUUGACUGAAGAUCAACAACAAGUUAGGGAGGAUGCACGAAAGUUUGCAAAAGAGGUCCUCCUUGGUGCACCGGCAGAGUACCUGAAAUUUGGCACCCAGGAGGAACGGUUUCGCUCAACCAGGCCGCUAUAUCAAAAGGCAGUGGCCGCGGGUCAAAUCCGAGCUCAAAUCCCUAUUCCAGCGGGGGGCACUGGCGGCAGCUUUGUGAGUACUGCUCUUCAGCUCGAGGAGCACUAUGCCGUGGACGCUAGUGUCUCCCUGACAAUUGCAGCGACUGGCCUCGGACUGGCUCCUCUCAUUAUUGCGGGGAACCCAGACCUUUGGAACCGGUUCCUGCCUCCUUUUUUGAGUGGGGACGGAGAACCCUUGGCCAGCCUCGUUCACUCAGAGCCAGGGGGAACUGCUAAUUGGCUGGAGAGUGGAGGAAACGGCCUACAGACAACAGCCUAUGAGAAGGAUGGACAGUGGAUAAUUAAUGGGGAAAAGUUGUGGACGACCAAUAGUGCGGGAUGGGACCGCAAAGGAGCAGACCUGCAGUGUGUCGUAUGCAGAUACUGUGAAGGUGGCCCUGAGUCUUCACCAGCCCGUGACUUACGAUCCUCGGUUGUCAUUUUGAUUGUCACUCGGGAGAAUGUCGCACUGAAUGGUCCUUCUUCGUAUAUCGUGCUGGACGAACCAGAAUUGGUUGGACAUCCGGCGGUAUCGGGCCCUCAUACACGCUUUACCAACUUCAAGGUCCCUAUGGAAAAUCUUCUAGCGUCCCCAGAUUCAGCAGUUGAUAUUGUUAAGCAGAGUUUUGGGGUAUCUGCAGCUAUGGUCGGCGGAAUGGCUGUUGGAAUUAUGCGAGCCGCCUUUGAAAAGGCUCUGCGGUUUGCAAAAACAAAUAACCGCGGCGGGCUUGUUCCAAUUAUACAGCGGCAGAGCGUUGCAGAUUUGCUUAUUAAAACAAAAAUCAAGCUGGACGCUUCACGUUUACUCACGUGGAAAGCGCUCGAUAGCGUGCAGAAUGGGCCCGGGGAUGAAGCCGCGGUUCUCGAAGCAUGUCUACAGGCGAAAAUCUUCAGCUCAGAAAACGCCGUUAAAUGUGUUGUGAGCGCGAUGAAAGUAGUUGGAAUAACCUCAUAUGCCAGUAACCAUGCCUUUGGACGGUUGCUGAAUGAUGCGGCUUGUCUGCCUCUCUUUGAUGGUGGUAAUGUGGGAAUCCGGCAGCGACAGUACCAGAGUUUGCUCGAGGAUCAGAAUUACCAACCUUGGGCAAACCUGUGA